AUGACUGAUGAGGUCACGGGCUCUUUGUUGCGACUCGAGGAUCUGUUCAGAGCUGCGACAGUGCCCGCCGCCCGGGGUACACAUUACAAGUCGCACCUAGCCUCGACGAUGAACGACUAUUUCACUCUUCAGCCAUCACACGCACACGAUGAAUUCCCGACACCGAGUCUCGAACGAGAAUAUGUCUACCAUUCGCCAUUGGACUCGCCCGAACUGAGCAAGGCGCACGACGGGAGCAUCACGACGGCCGCGACGCCGGCGCCAGCGCAGACGAUGACAGAGUCACAGCCCGAUACAGACAAGCGAACAGUCGAGCCUGUUGAGGGAGCCCGAACAAAAGCUGUUCUAACCCCGUCGGAACUGGUCAGUGUCUUGUCCCAGGAGAGGGACCCACCACCGCCGGUGCAGGCCCGUGAGUACAACCCCGGCCUUCACCUGCCACCUCAGGCAUCCAUUCGGAAGGUUGAUUGACCCGCCUGCGCAACUGCUCUGCAAAUAUGAUUGCCCCAGGUUUUCUACAUGGCGGUCCCCCGCUGUCGGACUUGACAGCCCCAUCGGAUGCCGUGGCAACCCAAGCGUCCAAGCAAAAGCCGGUCGCAACGAGCAAAUGGCGCGCAUUCACCGAUUCCGAAGAUCGGGUCCUGCAACAGGGAUGGGAAGCGCUACAGGCGGAGAAGAAGGCCGAGAAGGACGCAUCAGUGUCGACGGGGGGGAAAAGGCAGAAGGGGAAAGUAAAGACCGAGCAGGCCGUCCAGGAUGGUGCCGAGGACCCAGGUCAGUCCAGAUUUGAGUCUGUUGCUUUUGCUAUGGGGUGGCAUGCCAUUGACAUGAGCGGCUGUGGCUUCUCUCUCACAGAUGGUGAGACGCUUUUUCGAUACGAAGAGUGCGUUGUGUAUGUCUGACAUGUUUGACCUCGCACUCGCUUGUUACUCGCCCGCAGCCGAGAUGCCUCAUUGCUUUCCUGUGGGCCUGGACAAGCUUUUCACCGUGUCCCUCGCCUCGUCCCUACUCUACCCAGCAUUCUGGCAAGGUACCCCUGUGAGAGUGCUACGUGCCCAUUGGUUCUACGCGCCACCCGCAUCGAAAGCAACGAAGUACAAGACCCUGGCGUCCCACCAGAUCAAGGCCUAUCCGGUAGAUCCGGAACUGUCGGCCUCACUCGAGCGGGCAUACGCUCACAUCCGCCCCUGGGAAGAAUCGUAAGCAUGCAUGCAACACAGGCGCCCAAAGCAUGCCCACUGUUUCGAUCGGUGUCACUGACACGGUCGCGCGCGUGCAGGUACACUGCUGAGCUCGCUUCGGCGUUGAAAGGUGGUGUUGAGGCCCAACUCAAGCUCAGCGCACCACUCGGUAUUGACAGCGAAAGCGGAGAAGCGAACUCGGGCAUCGAAGUCAUUUUCCAGGGCGGAGACGAAGGCCGCGUUUACUCCAAGAGCUUUCUUGGUAGUAUCGGCAAGUCGCUUUGGAGCAGCGGCAAGUCGUUGGGAGGGGGCCAGGUUGUCCUGCGCGGUCAGUUUACGUUCGCGGCAGUCAUACAAGACCUGCACAGGAAUGCUGAGCCUCGAUGUGUUGCUCUACAUCCGUUAUGAACAGGCUGGGAUGCCAUGAGAACGUACCAUGCCCGGAAGGAGAAAGGGGGGACGCCCGGGAAACCCGUCACCACCAAGAAGAUCGGCGCACUGAGUGACGCCGCCGCCGAAUCGUCCGACAAUGAGAGCGUCACAUCACGAUCCGACGCCAAAUCCCGCCGUGGAUCCAAUGCGUCGGCUGCCAAACCUGCUGCUGUAGAUGCAGGUGCGGGUGCAGCUGGUGGGUUUUUCGCCGCGUUGAAGAGCAAGCUCGGCGGUGUACCACUCGUGGGCCACCCGCUUGACGGGGGGGACGAUGACCUCAAUGUCGAUAUCCAGGGGGAAAGAACGAAUGACACGCAAGAAGCGAUGGAUGGGCCAAGAAACCAAGAUGGGGAUGAUCAGGGAGGGGUAGGAGAAGUUGACGAGCUCGUCUUGGUGUGUCAUGGCAUCGGCCAGAAGCUUGCCGGAAAGUAUGAAUCUUUCUCGUUUGUGCAUGCGUGCAAUCACUUCCGCACCGGUGAGUGGCAGACGUGAGAAUUUUUUUCCUCCCUCUGCCCCGCUCAAAAUUGAUCAUUGCCCGAUUCGCCAGCUUGUACCAACUUAUCUGCGUCCAACUCGCUUGCUCCACUACUGAGCAAGAAGCGAGCCCAGUUCAUCCCUCUGCUUUGGCGCACCGAUCUUUCUUUCGACGACGAUGCCGAGGAUACAGGAGACUCUGCCGAGGAGCACCUACGCAACCAGUUUAGUCUCGAUGACAUCGAAAUCAAGGGGUCCAUCCCGCUGCUGCGACAAGUUGUUUCGGGCCUUGUGCUGGAUGUUCCGUUCUAUCUGUCCCACCAUAAGGGCAAAAUGCUUAAGGCUGUCGUCAAGGAGGCUAAUCGAAUCUACCGUCUGUUCUGCAUGCGCAACCCUGGAUUCGCCGCUAGAGGCGGGAAAGUUUCGAUUAUUGGGCACUCGCUUGGAUCGGCAUUGUGCGCAGAUAUCCUGUCCACUCAGCCCACCUACGUCAAACCGCUCAGCGAAAUGUCGAACGCGGAGAAGUACUCGGACUCACAGUUUGUGUUUGAUACCCGACUGUUCAUCCUCGUCGGGAGUCCAGUAAGUGCCGCGCCACCUGUGAAGCGACUUCUGCAGAUACGACUGUUCUUUGUUCGCUCAUCCAGCUGCUCAUCUUUUGCUCAGCUCGCUUUUUUCCUGCACCUCGGUCAAGGACAGCUCAUCGCGCGAAGGGGACGUGCACGAACACAGAACGUCGGGCGCGAUAUCGCCCUCGACCGCGCCGGCCGCUACGGAUGCAUGGCGAUAGAUGCGGUUUACAACGUCUACCAUGAGACAGAUCCCGUCGCCUUCGCUCUCAAUGCUACGGUGGACCGAGAGCCAGUUCUGUCCCUCAAAGCAAUGCAAUCACGACUCAACAGCUGACGGGUAUAUUUUUCUUUCUUUCUCCUGCAGAUAUGCCAAGCUGAUCAAACCAAUUGCAAUUCCUUCCACGAAUUCGACACUGCUCGAGAAUCUGUCCGACACGUAUAGCCGGAUCAGCAAUGUGCUCGACAUCAGCCGUUUCUGGUCGUCGCCGGAGAAAAACGAAGCUGUUGAAGGCUCAAAGAACGAAGGACCUCCCGGAUCAAGUUCUGGUGCUGAGGCAAACAGUGCAGAGAAAGUGGGGGGAGGCCAAUCCUCGUCGAAAUUUGCUGCGAAACCGAAGAUGCCAGCUCGGCGCCCGACGAACAAAAGGAUGCCGAGUGAGAUGCCGAUGGGCAAGCGCGAGUUCGAGUCCGUCUCGCGGGCGGAGCAAAGGUGAGUGUGGAAGGAGAGUCACGCUCACCAUAAUUUUGACGGCCAACCCUCUCUAUAUAUUCUUUGAAGGUUUAAGGCCCUCAACCCUCAAGGUUGCAUUGACUUCUACAUGCCUGCGGAAGGUGUGCGAUGUUUUCCAACGGGCGCUCUGACUGCCGUGUGCCGAUGGCGCUGAUACUCCACCUUGACCACUGACUUUGUGACAGGCAUCAACCAGUAUAUCGAUGCGCUGUCAUCCCAUGCUAGUUAUUGGUCCUCGGAUUCGGUGGCGACGUUCGUUCUGACUCAAUUGUUCUCGCCAGAAGAUGAGCUGGCACGAACGGGGCGCGAGGAGAUCGGAACCGAUGUCGCCGAGCACAUUGAGCAAAUCCGUGAGGAGGAAACGGAGUGA